AUGACAGAAUACUGUGGCUUGGAAGAGGCUAGAGUGACAGAAUACUGUGACUUGGAAGAGGCUAGAGUGACAGAAUACUGUGACUUGGAAGAGGCUGGGGUGACAGUAUACUGUGGCUUGGAAGAGGCUAGGGUGACAGAAUACGGUGGCUUAGAAGAGGCUAGGGUGACAGAAUACUGUGGCUUGGAAGAGGCUAGAGUGACAGAAUAUUGUGGCUUGGAAGAGGCUAGAGUGACAGAAUAUUGUGGCUUGGAAGAAGCUAGGGUGACAGAAUACUGUGGCUUGGAAGAGGCUGGGGUGACAGAAUACUGUGACUUGGAAGAGGCUGGGGUAACAGAAUACUGUGGCUUGGAAGAGGCUUAG